AUGCUCCUGAUCGCGGUCCUCACCUCUGCCUUGCUCUUCUGCUCUGCAACAGGGCAGCAGUGCUCCACCUCUGCGGGAAUCAGGGACAUCAACUACCUCAUCAAUAAUCUGCAGAAAGAUGCACAGUCCACAUGCAACUGCAGUGCCAAUGUGACCCGUUGUUUGUGCCUGCCCAUCCCUUCUGACAACUGCACCACGCCAUGCUUCCGGGAGGGGCUGUCACAGAUGACCAGUGUCAUACAGAAAACAAAAUUCUCACUGAUCUUCAACCGAAUAAAAAGAACAGUUGAAGUCCUAAAGAACAACAAGUGUCCAUUUUUCUCUUGUGAACAGCCAUGCAACCAAACCACAGCAGGCAACACGGUGACAUUUCUGCAGCAUCUCCUGGAACCUUUCCAGAAAGAAAUGAUGAAGGGGAGAAAAGCUUAA